UCUGAACGUUAGUAUCUUAUCCUUCUUUUAAUUUACUGGAUUAAUGUGAGACUUAAUUAUCUUAAGAUUUGGAUUGUUGGGAAAUUAAUUGAUAAAUUUGAGCACAUGAUUUCAUAUUGCAAACCGCCUGAAAUGGCAGAAACAGGACGUUCAGUAUGUGCUGCUCCAUUGAUUCCAAUCAUUGCUGAUGCAGAUACAGGCGGUGGCAGUGCUCUCAAUGUUCAAAGAACUAUCAAGGAUUUAAUUGCUGCUGGUGCCGCUGGCGGCUUCUUAGAGGAUCAAGCAUGGCCGAAGAAGUGUGGACACAUGCGAGGCAAACAGGUUAUACCUGCAGAGGAGCAUGCUGCAAAAAUAGCAUCUGCAAGGGAUGCUACUGGUGAUUCCGACUUUUUUCUUGUCGCUAGGACUGAUGCACGUGCUACCUCAGCAAAAUAUGGUCUCUCAGAAGCCAUUUCUUGUGUUAGUCUUUACAUGGAGGCUGGAGCGGAUGCUUGCUUUGUGGAGGCACCGAGGGAUGACGAGGAGGUCAAAAAAAUAGGAAAGAAGACUAAUGGAUUAAGGGCAUGUAACAUGCUAGAGGGUGGCGUCACAGCAUUGCAUACUCCAGAAGAACUGAGAGCUAUAGGCUUCCAUUUGAGUCAUCCAUUGACGACUCUUUAUGCUUCUGCUCGUGCAAUGCUUGAUGUUCUCAAGACAUUGAAGGACCAAGGAACAACUAGAGAUCACCUAGACAAGAUGGCGACUUUCGAAGAAUUUAACCAAUUGGUCAAUUUGGAGUCUUGGUUUGAGCUUGAAGGACGAUAUUCAAACUGGAAAAAUGUGCAGAAAUCAACCAACGAGUAACAUGGAAAGAUUGAAGCCUUUUUCUUGUGAGGUAGUUAUCAAAUUUCAGAGAAAACUAAGGACAAAGUAAUUUCAUUAACUUCUUGGAGCUCUUUUAUGUGCUUUGUGCGGUAGCUAAAUUUUUGGUCUAGUACAGGAAUUCUCUAACUGUACCUUGAGCUAAAUGGUAUUUUCUUAGUCAUUGCAUCAUGCUCCUUUUCAUA